CACUCGCCGAGGCCCCGCCCCACCCGCCAAAACCGCCACCGGCGGAGGAAGCGCUUCCUUUCUGCGCUCGCGCUCGUGGCGGUGGCAGCAGGCGCGCCCUCGACAUGCAGAACGACGCCGGAGAGUUCGUGGACCUGUACGUGCCGCGGAAAUGCUCCGCCAGCAACCGAAUCAUCGGCGCCAAAGACCACGCGUCCAUCCAGAUGAACGUGGCCGAGGUUGACAAGGUGACAGGCAGGUUCAACGGCCAGUUCAAAACCUAUGCGAUCUGCGGGGCCAUCCGCCGGAUGGGUGAGUCCGACGACUCCAUUCUUCGACUGGCCAAGGCCGAUGGCAUCGUUUCAAAGAACUUCUGACCGGAGAGGAUCAUGGAUGUGAGAUAUUUGUCGUAAAUAAAUAACAAAAAUAGCAAAAC